AUGUCGAGGGGAUCCUCAGCAGCUGCUGAACCACACGCUGCAGUGUGGCUCUGUGCCUUUGCCCAGGGACCAGAGUUUAGCUAUGGUUGCGCUGAAGGAAGCUGUUAUCCAGCCACUGGGGAUCUGCUGAUUGGCCGAGCAGACAAGCUCGCCGCCACCUCCACUUGUGGCCUCCACAAACCUGAACCUUUCUGCAUUGUCAGCCACCUCCAGGAAGAGAAGAAAUGCUUUCUGUGUGAUUCGCGGACUCCUUUCACAGAAAAUCCUAACAGCCAUCGCAUUGAGAAUGUAGUCACAACUUUUGCUCACAACCGCCUGACCACCUGGUGGCAGUCUGAAAAUGGUUUGGAAAAUGUUUCUAUUCAACUGGACCUGGAGGCAGAGUUCCACUUCACCCACCUCAUCAUGACAUUUAAGACCUUUCGCCCAGCUGCAAUGGUGAUUGAACGAUCUUCUGAUUUUGGUAAAACCUGGCAGGUUUACAGAUAUUAUGCUUAUGACUGCGAAUCAUCCUUUCCAGGGAUUUUAACUGGGCCUUUGACCAAAGUGGAUGAUGUCAUCUGUGACUCUCGUUACUCUGAUAUUGAGCCAUCCACCGAAGGAGAGGUUAUCUAUCGAGUUUUGGAUCCAGCCUUUAAAAUUGAAGAUCCAUACAGUCAAAGAAUACAAAAUAUGUUGAAGAUCACAAACUUGAGGAUAAAGUAUACCAAGCUCCAUACUCUGGGCGAUAAUUUGUUGGAUUCCCGAAUAGAAAUUAAAGAGAAGUAUUACUAUGCCAUCUAUGACAUGGUAGUUCGUGGCAACUGUUUCUGUUAUGGACAUGCUAGUGAGUGUGCUCCUGUUCAUGAUUCAGAUGAUGAUUAUGAUGAAGAUGUUGAAGUGGAAGGAAUGGUACAUGGGAGAUGCGUGUGUCGGCACAACACUAAAGGUUUGAACUGUGAGCUGUGUCAGGACUUCCAUCAUGAUCUAUCUUGGAGGCCUGCUGAAGGACGCAACAGCAAUACAUGUCAAAAGUGCAACUGCAAUGGACACUCUGAGAAAUGUCACUUUGACAUGGCUGUCUACUUGGCCUCUGGUAAUGUUAGCGGGGGUGUUUGUGAUGACUGUCAGAACAAUACAAUGGGUCACCACUGUGAACAAUGCAAACCUUUCUACUACCAGCACCCGGAACGUAGUAUUCGUGCUCAUGACAUUUGUGAACCAUGUAACUGUGACCCUGACGGAUCACUGCAAGGAGGUGCCUGUGACCGCUAUACAGACCUGUCAACUGGUCUCAUUGCUGGACAGUGCCGCUGUAAGGCAAAUGUUGAGGGUGAACGCUGUAAUCUGUGCAAAGAGAGCUACUAUGGGCUAAGUGAAGAUAAUCCAGUGGGAUGCAGCUCAUGUACCUGUAACCAUUUGGGCACUCAUCCAGGAGGAAAUCCAUGUGAUGAUCAAAAAGGAAAUUGCUACUGUAAACGUUUGGUAAAAGGAAGGAACUGUGAUCAGUGUCUGCCUCAACACUGGGGACUAAGCAAUGAUUUGGAUGGAUGUCGCCCUUGUGACUGUGACCAGGGGGGAUCUUACAACAAUGAUUGUUCUGCAGAGACGGGGCAGUGUAAGUGCAAACACCACAUGGUUGGACGCCGCUGCAAUGAAGUCGAGUCUGGGUUUUACUUUAUUGCACUGGACCACUACACUUAUGAGGCAGAGGAGGGGAACUUUGGACCUGGAACAACUAUUGUACAGCGAAAAUAUCCAGAUGAUCGUUCUCCAACCUGGACUGGGAUUGGAUUUGUACGAGUUCCUGAAGGAGCAUAUGUGGAAUUCUACAUAGAUAAUCUUCCAUACUCCAUGGAAUACGAUAUAGUGAUUCGCUAUGAGCCACAGCUGCCAAAGAACUGGGAAGAGGCAAAAAUAACUGUCUUCCGCCCUAGUAAGAUUCAUACAAGUAGUCGAUGUGGGAAUACAAUUCCUGACGAUGACAACCAAUUGGUUUCUCUUCCUUCAGGAUCAAGGUAUGUUGUUCUACCUCAGGCUGUAUGCUUUGAAAAAGGACUAAACUACACUAUCCGUUUAGAAUUACCACAAUACUCUGCUAACGAUGAAAUAGAAACUCCUUACACACUCAUAGAUUCGCUUGUGCUCAUGCCCCACUGCAAAUCACUGCAGAUAUUCUCUGCAGGAGAAACGAGUGAUGGCCUCACAAACAGAAUCUGGGAAACCUUUCAGCGGUACCGUUGCCUAGAGAAUAGUCGGAGCAUUACUAAGGCUCACAUGACCGAUGUCUGUAGGAACAUCAUCUCAAGUAUUUCUUCAAUAAUCCAUGAUGGUGCCUUGUCUUGUCAGUGUGACCCUCAAGGCUCUCUCAGCUUAGUUUGUGAUCCCAGUGGUGGACAGUGCCAAUGUCGCUCCAAUGUAGUUGGAAGAAACUGUGACCGAUGUAUUCCUGCAACCUACAGCUUUGGUCCAAAUGGCUGCAGACCCUGUGACUGUCAGCCAGAAGGUUCUGUGCAUGGAUUUUGCCAUCAUACGACUGGUCAAUGCCAGUGCAAUGAAGGAGUUUAUGGCCGUCAGUGUGACCAGUGCCAGCCUGGGUACUGGGGCUUUCCUAACUGUCACCCAUGUCAGUGCAAUGGACAUGUAGAUCACUGCGACUUGGAAACCGGUGAAUGUUUGGGCUGCAGAGGGCACACCACUGGCCAUAGCUGUGAGAGGUGUCUGUCUGGUUAUUAUGGGGAUCCUGUACUCGGGUCAGGUGACCAUUGUCACCCAUGUCCUUGCCCAGAUGAUCCUGAGAGUGGACGCCAAUUUGCCACUGGUUGUUAUCAGGAUUCAUAUUCCCAGAACAUUGUAUGCAUCUGUAAGAGUGGAUAUAUAGGUUCUAGGUGUGAUGAAUGUGCUUCUGGGUUCUAUGGUAACCCUUUGGAGAUGGGAGGACUUUGUCAAGAGUGCCAUUGCAACCACAAUGUUGAUGUGACUGAUCCAGAGUCAUGCGACAAGCAGACAGGACGUUGUCUGAAAUGUCUGUUUCAUACUGAGGGUGAACACUGCAACCACUGCAGAGUGGGCUAUUAUGGUUCUGCACUACAACAGAACUGCAUAAAAUGUGUCUGUAAUUACUUGGGUACAGCACAUCAUCAGUGUGUCACUACAGAUGAAUGUCGUUGCAACCAGACGACUGGUCAGUGCCCUUGUCUUCCAAAUGUGACUGGGCUAAGAUGUGAUCGCUGUGCAUCAAAUACAUGGAAGCUGGCAAGUGGGACUGGAUGCGAACGUUGCAACUGUAAUGAAGUUCACUCACUAGAUAUGUCUUGUAAUGAGUUCACAGGACAGUGUCGAUGCAUGCCUGGGUUUGGAGGUCAAACUUGCAAUGACUGCCAGGAGUACUUUUGGGGAGAUCCCAGUGUGGAAUGUAUGAAGUGUGACUGCAAUGAAGAUGGAAUUGAAACACAGCAGUGUAACCAAACAACUGGUCAGUGCAUCUGUCGGGAAGGGAUCGCAGGUGCUCGAUGCAAUCAGUGUGCACGAGGGUAUUCUGGUACAUUCCCUCAUUGUGAAUCAUGUCAUGCUUGCUUCAGUGUCUGGGAUAAAAGUAUUCAAGAACUGUCCACUCGGACAACUCAACUUGUUGCACAGGCCAACACAAUCAAAUCCAGCGGCAUUGUUGGUCCCUACCAAGAAACCGUUAACACCAUACAGAAAAAGGUUAAUGAUAUUCAAAACCUGCUCACUCAAAAUCCAGCCACUGAACCACUUAACAAUAUUGGGGACCUUCUGGAAGAAGCAAAGAAGAAAAUCAAGGAUCUUACAGACAAGGUGAAUUGGAUUGAAUCUGAAAUCGCAGCAACUGAGGAACAAAAUAAUAUAACUGACAAAGAACUGAAUACCCUUCAAAUUGAUGCAGAGAGUUUAAAAACAGUGGUGAAUGAGCUUGCUGAACUUGAGUACGUUAAAAACUCUGAUGUCCAUGGAGCUUUGGACAGUGUUCAGAAAUUCUUUGAACAGUCUCUUGAGGCUGAAGAGAAAGUAAAUGCUUCUACCACUGAUCCGGAUAAUUUGGUGCUGGAAUCCACUGCUGUUCGACAAACGGUGGAGGAUAUGAUUUCAGAACAUAAGGAUCACUUUGAGGAGCAACAAAAAGAACAUUCAAGUAGUCUAGAAGAACUCGCUGGGAAAUUGCAAAGCUUAGACCUCUCACCAUUAAAUGAAAAGAUUUGUGGAAGUCCAACAGGGGUUUCUUGUACUGAGACACAGUGUGGAGGUGCAAAUUGCCGAGCUGAUGAUGGCACUAGGAAGUGUGGAGGAACUGGUUGUGAUGGACUGCUAACGUUGGCCCAUGAAGCCUGGCAGAAUUCCAUGGAUUUUGACACUCAGAUCUUAAGUGCUUUAGCAGAAGUGGAUCUACUUUCUAAAAUGGUUGCAGAAGCUAAAGUUAAAGCUGAUGAAGCAAAACUAAAUGCUCAAGAGGUCCUGUUAAAAACCAAUAAUACAAAAGAGAAAGUGGACAAGAGCAAUGAAGAUUUGAGGAAUCUUAUCAAACAAAUCAGGGAAUUUCUCACUCAGGACGGUGCUGAUCUGGAGAGCAUUGAGGCCGUUGCCAAUGAAGUAUUGCAAUUAGAAAUGCCAACCAGUCCUCAACAGCUUCAGGAUCUGACCAAUGAUAUUCGCGUCCGUGUCCAGAGUCUUUCAGAGGUGGAGGUUAUCUUAAACCAGAGCGCAGCAGACAUUGAACGGGCAGAAGCCCUGCUUGACGAAGCAAGGAAAUCGAGCAUCCAAGCAACAGAUGUUAAAGUCACAGCAGAUCGUGUAAAGGAAGCUCUGGAGGAGGCAGAGAGGGCCCAGAACACAGCAGAAAAAGCCAUCAAAACAGCAGCUGAAGACAUUAAGGGAACGGAAGACCUUCUGACCUCGAUUGAAUCCGAGACAGCAGCUUCAGAACAAAGUCUCAACAACGCUAAUGUGCGCUUGGCACAGAUUGAAAAAGAUAUUGAUGAGCUAAAACAAAAGACAACUAAUACCACUGAUUCCGCUGAAAACAUUGGAAGCACGAUACAUAAAGUCAAGCAGGCUGCAGAUGAGGCCAAACAGGUUCUCGAUACUGUGCUGAAGGAAAAAUAUACUGUUGUUGAAAACACAAUUGCAGAAAAAUCAGACAUGGCUUCUGAGGCCCGAAAGAGAGCUGAGAAACUGCAGAAUGAAGCUAAUGAAUUAUUAUCUCAUGCUAACAGCAAACUUCAGUUACUAAAGGAACUGGAAGCGAAGUAUGAAGAAAACCAGAAAGCCCUUGAGGAAAAAGCAGAAAUGUUAAUGGGGCUGGAAAAAGAAGUUCAUUCACUUCUGCAGACAAUUAGCCACAGAGUUGCUAUCUACAGUACUUGUCUGUAAUGAAUUCAACUUCAAGCUACAUGGCGAUUGUUUUCUUGCUAUGCUACACAAUUUACUAAACUAGUAUUAAUUUGAUUCCAGGCCUUUAUGUGCACCAUUCUAAAAUUUACACUUUUCUUUCAUUAAAAAAAGUAUUAAGAAAAUGAGAUGUGUUCCACAACAUGAGUAGCUACAUUUCACUGCUUUUUUUAAGCAGACCAAAUUCAAUAAAACAGAAAUGAGCCAGAAAGUAUAGCAACAUCUUGUAGCCAAUGACUAACUAAUACAUUUAUUCUAAAUACAUUAUGUAUUGCAAUUAAACCUGUUUGUUGAACAAAGUAUUACUGUGUUUAGAAAUCCCACUCCAGCGCUAGAUGCUCCUUCUAUUUCAUAUCUACAGUCUAUUGACGAUACCAUGGGGCAUGCACAUUACUUUAAAAUAGCAUGUUUGAUUUUUCAGCAAGUGUUACUCAAAAAGAGUAUCAUAAAUACAGAAGCUGUUUAAUCUGUUAGGGAAGAUGGAUGAAGUUGAAAGAGCUCUUCACUAGAUGUGCAUUUUGCACUGGACCAUUUUGCUACAUUUGUUUUUAUUAUUCCUCCCUCUCUUAAAACUGCAGUUCACAUUCUUAACUCUCCCGUCCAUCAUUCUACCACCAACCAAAUGAUCUGUUUGGAACUGUCAAAUUUUCUAAAAUAAAAAUGCAUUGUAUUCCUUUCUAGAUAGUUAAGGUGAUGAUAAGGAUCUGCCCAGAGUGAGUCUGUGACGGGUAACAACAAGAGCAGAGAGUGCUGUUUCUGAUCAUGUUUUUAUAUUAUUAGAUAAUAUUGAUGGCCAAUCCCCAGGAUUUGGCAUCCCUUAAACAGUGGGCAAACUAGUGGGUAUUUUGGAAGAUAUCCUCAUGUGCAGCACAGUGUAGCCUCACCAAUAUAAUAAAAUAAAAGGAAGUCUAUAGCAUUAGUCUUAGUCCAAACAUUGCUUAUCUGCUGAGCUCAAUCAGUUUCAGGGUCAUCUGGCUACCAAAAAUGUCUACCUUUUUAAAGACACCUUAAAUAUACAUUUUUUGUUUAUUUUAAAGAGUCUUUAUAUGAGUUAACAGUCUCAAAAACAGGAUCUAUCCAGUUCCUGACAUUUAUAAUAGGAUUUAUAACAUUAAAAAAUAAUUAUUGUAAAGGUUUUAAUGCAGUUCACAUAGUGGUUAGCUUGUAUUUAUUAUAUGGAAGGCUUACCUGGUGGGAGCGGAUUGAAUAGGGUAGUGAGAUAAUAUCUGUUAAACAUUGAUUCUCCAGGCCUGGUGUGGGAACAACUGGAAUUUCUCUGUGUCCAAUCACAGGGAGAACAUUAUCCUCUUAGAUUUUUUUUCCAUAAUUAGUCAACGCACAAACUUUCAUUUUAAAAUGCAUCACUGCAUCUAGUGUGGAGGUGAUUAUAAAUUAAGAUUUUAAACCAAAGAAAUUGAGAGGGAAAUAAAGUAAAACUAUGCAAACAAAAUAGCCCAGUACAACCCUACCUUUCUUGGUUUUAACUUUCAACAAAUAAAUGGUGGAUUGCAUACUUUCCAUCACAAGCCCUCCUGCAAAUCCACUUUUUUUUAAAAAGAAUCUUGGCAUUUUUCUCCCUCCAUUCUCAAAGAUUUUUUGUUUUAUUUUAAGGAUAAAUUAAUCCUGGGGAUGUAUCUUUUCAAAUUCCAUGAGUGCUGCCAGACUGUUCAUCAAUAAAGAUUUUAAACCAAGUCCAGCUUUCCAGCAGAGGUUUCUGGCUAACAGUGGGUCGUGUUGAACCCUUGGUGUGGUUCUCAGACUAAUGGUUGUGUUCUUAUUGCCACUCUGCCAACAUCAGCUAACUGAGGACCAGAUGUGGGACUUUAUGUAAAUCAAAAAUAAAUGUAUUAAGUCA